AAGCUUUCUCUAGCUUCUCCAGUUCAUUCACCUAAAUUUCUAGUACUACAAAUAUAGAGCCUGUCCAUUUAUUCUAUCCAUCUUUCUAAGUUUGAGUUUGUCUCACUGCUACAUUGAGGAGAGGGAGAUUGGUUCAUGGCCAAGGGUAAAUUUCUACCAAAAGAACUCUCUGUAGCAACCAUGAGCUAUCCCUACUACUCUCCUCCACCACCUUCACCACCUCUCCCUUGUGCUCCUCCACCACCGUCUCCACCGCCCCCAUGUAACCCUGUAACCGCAUCACCACCUCCGCCUCCACCACCUCAUCGCCAUGGCCAUCAUCACCAUCAUCAUCCAAAAUCACCCCCGAAACAAUACAAUGCGCAACCACCUCCUCCUCCAUCACCAUCACCACCACCUCCCCAUCACCAUGACUAUCCCAAGCCACCGCCUCUGUCAUCUCCUCCUCCACCACCUCAUCACCAUGACUAUCCUAAGCCACCAUCUCCAUCACCUCCACCUCCACCGCCACCACAUCAUCAUCAUCAUCAUCAUCACUACCCUAAACCAUCACCACCUCCUCCAUCACCAUCUCCUCCGCCACCGCAUCACCAUGACUAUCCUAAACCUCCGCCACCUUCUCCUUCACCACCUCACCACCAUGACUACCCUAAGCCUCCACCACCCAGUGCUUCACCACCACACCACCAUGACUACCCAAAGCCUCCACCACCUACCGCAUCACCACCACAUCACCAUGACUAUCCACCGCCAACCUGGGCUACUCCUCCAGCUUCACCACCAUCAGUUCCAGCACUGCCACCACCUCACGGCUCGGCUCCACCACCACAUGGUUAUCAUCACACCCCACCUACUGCCCUCCCACCACCACAUUACCCUCCAAAAUCAUCACCACCAAAACCCAGCUAUGAGGCGCCACCUCCAAAGUCCGUAUACCCACCAAAACCCAGUGAAGGUGCUCCUCCACCCAAACCAGUAUAUCCACCAAAGCCAAGUAAGGGCGCACCACCCCCUAAGUCGUACCCACCAAAGCCAAGCAAGGGCGCACCGCCACCAAGGUCCGUAUACCCACCAAAGCCCAGUAAGGGAGCUCCACCACCGAAAUCUUCAUAUCCACCAAAGCCAAGCAAGGGAGCUCCUCCACCAAAGUCAGUAAUAUAUCCACCAAAGCCAAGUAAGGGUGCGCCACCUCCAGGGUACAAUGGACAUUUUCCUCCACCUCCCACAUACUACGGUGCUCCUCCUCCACCUUUCGGAGGCAUCCCACCGUCCUCCAAUGAACUGGCCCCACCUCCCGGCGGGAAAAAUCACACCACUGUCAUCGCCGUGUGUGUCUCACUAGGCGGUGCAUUCUUCCUCGCAUUCCUUCUGGUCGGUCUCUUUUGCUUCGCCAAGAAGAAGAAGAAGAGAGUGAUGGUUCCCGCAGCCGUUCCUUGCGAACCUGAAGAAGAAGUCCAUGAAACAGUCAUAGCAACAGGUGUUUACGGCGGCGGCGAAGCAAGUGCUGCUGCAGCCCGAGGAGGAGCAGGUUACGGGGGAGAAGGAGGGGGCCCACCACCUCAUGAACCCGAGAUAGUCGGGGCUGGUGGUGCCGGUGUUGCUGGUUAUGGUCAUCAUCCAAGUUAUUAAUUGAUUGAUCAAUGCAUGCAUUUUUCAUAAACGUGUGAUCGAGUUCGUUGCAUUCAUUAGGUUUGUAAUAAAGGUUGGUCGACAUUAAGGUUUCAAUGUCUUGAUUUAUUCUUUGGAUUUUAUUUAUUCAUGUGUAAUUGUGUGGAUCAAAGAGAAGAGAAAUGAUGCAUGGAAAAUGGCCAGCUAAUAAAGAAGGUUGUACUAUAUAUGAAUCAAAGACCAAAUUUGUGCAUUGUAUAUGUAAAGUACUCUUGUGAAUUAUAAUAAGAUGUAUCAAAUUAUUAGUGGCUCUGCCAAGAGUGGAUGUUCUAUGAGUUCAAAAA